AUGUCUUCUCAACAUCAGCAGUGCAAGCAGCCCUGCCAGCCACCACCAGUGUGCACACCAAAAUGCCAUGACCCUUGCCCACCUUGCAAGUGUCCAGACCCUUGCCCACCUUGCAAGUGUCCAGACCCUUGCCCACCUAGAAAGUGCCCUGACCCAUGCGUGCCUCAGCAGUGCAAGCAGAAAUGCCCUCCUGGGGCACCUGUUCCACAUUGCUAG